UGUGUCAACAGCCGACAAUCGGCUGUAUCCAUCAGUGCUCUCGGCCGUACUGACAGAGCACUUGCAUCUGUUCUAUUUUGUGGGGAGAAUGUUGGGCAAGGCCGUGUAUGAGGGUGUGAUAGAAGACGUUCUGUUGGCUCACUUUUUCCUGAACAAAAUCCUGGGUAGAUACAACUUCCGCAACGAGCUACCCUCGCUCGAUGCCGAGCUAGACAAGAGUCUGAGAUUUGUGAAAUCGUACAAAGGGGAUCUGGACGACCUCUGCCUCACAUUCUCAUCGGAUGAGGAUGUGUUUGGCGAAACUAUCACGACAGAUUUGGUGCCUGGGGGCAGUGCUAUGGCCGUCACCAACGACAACGUUAUCAUGUACAUAUACCUCAUGGCCGAUCACCGCAUGAACAAAGCCAUUGAGCAGCAAUCGAAGGCAUUUGUGAAGGGCUUCACGGAGGUCAUACACCGCAACUGGCUCCGGCUGUUCAGCGCAACAGAUAUCCAGACCUUGAUCGCAGGUGAUGGAGCAGGAGGGGUGGAUAUCAACAACUUAAUGGAGCACACACAGUACGGCGGGGGUUACAGCUCGGGUCAUCGUACCGUAAGGAAUCUCUGGAGUGUUGUUAAGGACGAUUUGACUCCGGAUCAGCAGAGACUGUUCCUCAAGUUUGUGACCAGUUGUUCGAGGCCGCCAGCUUUGGGCUUUCAAACACUGCAACCGCAGUUUACGGUCAUCCUACAGCCCAACGAAGGCAACGACGCCAGGCAGACCCGCCCGACUCUUAACAUGUUAACCUUCGGUCUUGUCGGAACCAUGGACACGUCUCGCCUCCCGACGAGUUCCACGUGUUUCAACUGUCUGAAACUGCCGCCGUAUAAGACCCGAAGCAAUCUGAAGGACAGACUGCUCUAUGCGAUCUCGGCUAAGGCCGGCUUCGAGUUGGCCUAAGAGAUACGGAUAUGAAGCGGAGAUGGAUGUAAGAUACUGGUGGGCAUUUCGACAUAGUAUCUGCGCAUUGAGAUGAGUCAACAAUCCUGAAUCGUGC